GAGAGAGAGCACGCGCGCGCAAAUGAACAGCCCGGUGUCUGAAUCUGCCGCUCGCUGCAUUCUGUGAGGAUUAAAUCGCUUUAAACUCGACACACGUCCGUGUGCGCGUGCGUGUGUGUGUGUGUGUGUGUGUUCGUAUGCGUGUGUCGUUAUGUAGAGCUGUAAGCGCGCGCUGGGAUGGCGAAAAAUAGUCCGGUUCCGUCCGCUUUUUACGGCGAGCCACGGAAGUUUGACCCGACAUUCAGGGGCCCUGUCAGUAACAGAAGCUGUACGGACGUGCUGUGCUGUGUGCUCUUCAUCGUGGUCAUCCUCGGCUACGUCGCGCUCGGCACCGUGGCCUGGAUACACGGAGACCCCAGGAAAGUGAUCCAUCCUACUGACAGCUCAGGAGACUUCUGCGGGCAGAAAGGCACGGCCAAUGCUAAGAAACCCAUCCUGUUCUACUUCAACAUCCUGAAAUGUGCAAAUCCUGCGGUUCUGAUCAACCUCCAGUGUCCGACCACUCAGAUGUGUGUUUCCACGUGCCCGGACCGCUUCGCCACCUACACGGAUGUGCAGCUCCAACACGCCUCCAGCAGGAGCCACUGGGAAUAUUACAGGCAGUUCUGCAGGCCGGGAUUCAACGAUCCGAAGAAGCCUGUGGCUCAUGUCCUGCGUGAUGAAGACUGUCCGUCUGUGAUUGUGCCCAGCAGACCAUUUUUCCAGCGAUGCCUUCCAGACUUCAUGACAAGGAACGGGACGCUAACGGUCGCCAACAGAACGGCUUUUAAGGAUGCGCUGGAUACAGCGAGGAGUGUGAGUGAACUCAGGGAUGCAGCGGACGGUAUCACAGCUCUUCUGGAGGCCAAGGAGCUCGGCAAGAAGAUCGUGGAAGACUACGCCAAUUCCUGGGCCUGGAUUCUAAUAGGGUUAAUCCUAGCGCUGGUCAUCAGUUUGAUCUUCAUCCUGCUCCUGCGCUUCACCGCCGGCCUCCUGCUCUGGUUCACCAUCAUCGCCGUCAUCCUGCUUGUAGCUUACGGAAUCUGCCGUUGUUACUGGGAGUUCAUGCUCCUGAGAAAGACCGAAGCGGACGUCGGCAUCACAGACAUCGGUGUCCAGACGAACCUACACGUCUACCUGCAGCUCAGCCAGACAUGGCUCAUCUUCUUGGUCUUUCUGGUUUUAACCGAAGCCUCCAUAGUUUUAAUGCUGUUCUUCCUGAGGAAGAGAGUGUGUAUCGCCAUCGCUCUGCUCAAAGAGGGCAGCAAGGCCAUCAGCCACAUCAUGUCUGCGUUAUUCUACCCAAUCGUCACCUUCGUGAUGCUGGCUGUGUGUAUCUCUUACUGGGCCGUUACAGCUGUUUUUCUGGCAUCGUCCGGCGAAGCUGUGUACAAAGUGAUGUCAGCGCAGCCCAACUGCAAGCAUGCCAACCUGACCUGCAGUCCAGAAACAUUCAACAGGACCAACAUCACUAAGCGAUGUCCAGGAGCUCAGUGUCUCUUCGCAUUCUACGGCGGCGAGAGCGUGUAUCACCGCUACAUCUUCCUCCUGCAGCUGUGCAAUCUGCUCGUCUUCCUCUGGUUGGUUAAUUUCACCAUUGCGCUGGGGCAGUGUACACUCGCCGGAGCCUUCGCGUCCUACUACUGGGCCAAGAGGAAACCUGAAGAUAUCCCAGCAUGCCCUGUUUUCUCCUCCUUUUUCCGGGCUGUACGGUAUCACACCGGCUCUCUGGCUUUCGGCUCGCUGAUCUUAGCUUUCGUCCAGUUCAUACGGAUUGUACUGGAGUAUCUGGACCACAAGCUUAAAGGAGCUCAUAACAUGUUCGCUCGCUUCCUGCUCUGCUGUUUAAAAUGCUGCUUUUGGUGCCUGGAGCGGUUUAUUCGCUUCAUGAACAGGAACGCGUACAUCAUGAUUGCGAUCUACGGAAAGAGUUUCUGCACGUCAGCUCGGGAAGCUUUCUUUUUGCUAAUGAGGAACGUUGUGAGGGUAGCCGUGUUGGACAAGCUGACCGACUUCCUGCUCUUCUUAGGGAAAAUCCUCAUCACAGGGAGUGUUGGUGUUAUUGCCUUCUUUUUCUUUACACACAAAAUCCCCAUCAUUCAGGAAGAAAUUCCAGUCCUAAAUAAUUACUGGGUGCCUCUGCUGACGGUCGUGUUCGGCUCGUACCUGAUCGCUCACGGCUUCUUCAGCGUCUAUGCAAUGUGUGUGGACACGCUCUUCCUGUGUUUCUGCGAGGACCUGGAGAGGAACGACGGGACAGCGACGAAACCUUUCCUCAUGUCUCCCGGGUUGCGCGGAAUUCUGGGAAGCGUGGACCAGAGCCCCGGGAAAUCCAGAACAGCGCCGCAUCAGUGCGGUGUCGGAGAAUAGCUUCCUCCUCCUGCUAGCUCGCAUGCUUUAACUCUUUAACUCCUCCUCUUCCCUGCGGCCGCGGGGACGGAAACGCCGGCCGCUACGUCCUGUACUGUAACCCGACUCCGAUGCACUAAGACCGUGAGAAACACUGAGCAUUUACUUCCACCAGAGGAGACUGAAGGUGCUAUGCACUAACACACACACACAGGUUCAGUCAAACUGCCUUAUUCACACACGUCUAGCCGUUUACAGGACUUUUUGUGACAUCUAGCUUGACCCGAGCUCUGAGCGUUUCAUUCAGAGUCUUUUUUUUUGGUGAUUGGAAUAAACGAUAUUUUUUACAUUUUAUGACUGAUUUGUUUAACCUUCAACCUCAACUCGCAGAUAUCCAGUAAUGGAAAUGAGCUUGAAUAAGUGUUGAAAUUCAAUCCUACUUGAAUUCGAAGUAAUACAAUUAGCAGAAGUAUUUUAUUCACCGCUACAUUAAGCAUCGUGUUGUCUAAAUACCCGGAUGGUGUUGCGCCUGGUGGCCACCAGAGGGCGGUGUGAUGUCGAUUUUUAUUUUUUCCCGAAAUCUGUUCUGCACUGCUCUUGAUAAAAUAAUGCCCUGAUGAAUCCUGACUUAUUUUAUUAAUUUUUUUUAAACUAGGAAAUGAACUCAUUAAUAUUUUCAUUUGUAGCUAACUAGUAUAAAUGAAAAUCGAAUGUCUUGCGGUUUGAGGCCCAGCCCUAGAGCUCAUGCUAAUUCUCCUGAUGGUUUAAACAUGACUUCCUGCUUUUCCUCUCACUUAGAGCCACACACAAGAUGAUGUUUCCCCCUUUAAGUGUUUAUAAAGUCAGUGUGAACAAAUUCAGUGUGAACUAAACCGGAAAUAAAUGUGAAAAACAGUGAACAACUUCCGAAAAUCAAGCCGUCUCCUUCAAAGCCAUCGGGUCCCUUCGUACCAGGAGCUUCAGGGUUUCAGUGCUGCACUUUGUAAAUGUUGCAUAAAUGCUUUUUUUUUUGUAUGUUUUUGGGAUGGGAAUAUGAUGCAUUUGUAUAUUUUGUAUUACGAGGAAGAAAAAAAUAAAACAAUGUGUUUUGUUUUUUGGCAAAUAAAAAUAGUCAGAUUUCAUUCCAGUAUAAACAUAAUAA